ACGAGCAAACACAAGGAGGGUAACCAGGCCGAGUUGCACUCUGGGAAGAGUAGUUUUUCUUUUAGCAGAAAGCCUAUUCAGAAAGGGCUCGCUGCAGACUUUAGGACUACAAUACCCAGAGGUCUUUGCGCUGCAUUAGGAAACGGCUGCUCCGGUCCCGUGCUAAAUAAACAGCGAGCGGUACCGCAAGAUGACUCAGUACGGGAGGUGCACGAACCUGAUAGUCCGACUCCUCAACAAGUACAAUCCAAAUGAUCAGAGUCUUGAGCAUUUCGUGGAGGAAUCUAUAGAAGACCUGCAGGAUCUUAAUGAUGAAGAGGAACAAUUUGUCCUUGAUAUUCUUUCUGGAUGUGUUCAGUACAGAAAUCUACUGGAUGUUGUUGUCCGAGCUUUCUAUGCCCGAGACGGGAAGCAUUAUCUACUGUCAGAGCUGGGUUUGUAUGCUGUGAUAUGUUAUUUUGUCAUAUUUAAGAUUGAAGAUCUUGGUCUUCAAACCUUUGGUAAAAUUAUUGGAGGCCAAGAUUUCACCAAGAUGAGCAAGUUUCUUAGGUUUUUCUGUGAUGUCCUGAAUCUGAACACCUGGAUAAAAGAUGAAUGGAGCCAGAUAUACGAUUCAAAUUAUGUGAAGGAAAACUGGAUUAAUCCAUUGCUAAAGUGGCAGCCCGAAGUUCUGAACUUAGUGGAUGCUAUUGAAAGUAAGAUAGUGAGUGGUCCUAAUGUAGUAAAAGGCUCAAAAGUGACGGAGGUGAAGGAGUUCAGUUUAACAAAGCCAAAGCCCAGAACCAUACCGGUACCACAAAAAAUACCCAUCCAAAAGCCUCACCAACCGGUCCCUGAGAGCACAUAUAAAAGUCCUAAAGAGCAAGAAGCUCUUCAAGGAAAGAAACUGAGAAAUCGUCAGAAAGCGGAGGAGCUGCUGAUAGAAGCAAAUAUGGAACAGUUUUACUGCGCUAAUCCUGAAAAGUCAGAGAAAACCAAGCGUGUUCUGUCAGAAAUAAUGAAAGAAGAAAAUAACAAAUUGGCUUUUAAUAAAACGAAAGCCCAACCAGCUCCGGUGAAGAAGGUGGAUAAUGUCCCAGUGAGACUGAAUGCUGCUGCCAUACUGAGAGAGGGCGCUCGAUAUCAGCGGCAGGUGGAAGAGGAGCUGAACAGAAUCGAGAAGCUGGUGGAUGGGGCCCGGGACCCUAGCGAGUUUUUGGAAUGGCAGCGACAAAUGCAGGCAAAGGACCUGGAAAGGCAACUAGCCGAUAUAGAAUGUCGGCGCCUGGAAGGGAAGCUGAGCCGCGAGGAAGCUGUUCUGGCGCGGCAAAACCUGAUCCAGGAGAACAAGAAAAAGGCUUUAAUGAAGAAAGAGGAGACAGAGAAGCUGAUGCGGGAGUAUGCAGAGAAGCGCCUGCAAGAAGAGAAGGAGAUGAGGGACCUCGUGGAGCAAGUGUCUGAGGGGCACAAGAACACUAAACAAGCAAGACUAAGACUCCAGAAAUACAAGCAGCAAAUAGUACAAGAAGUAGCAGAGGAGAGUCGGGAGCUGUUACGCCAGGCCCUAGAGGAGGCACAGGAGGAGCUCAAGAAAAAGUUUGAGCUGAUUCGCGAGAUACGAGCCAUGGAGUCGGUGCCGAUGAUCAGACAAACAUUUGUAGAUCUGACACAAACCGCCGGACAUGGGUUGAACUGUGAGAUGUCCAUAGUGGAGCUCCGGGAACGUCUGGCCUUACUAAAGGAAGCUCAGAGAAAAGACGAGGAGGAAAAGAGGGACCAGAUCCUUGAGGAAAAGCAGUCAAAACAGCAGCAUCUUCUGGACACUUUGGAGAAGAUCUCUCUACACAGAGCUGCCCAGGGCAAAGCUGCUCUCCUCAGGCUGGAAGAGAAAAAAUCUAAAUCUCAGCUUGGAAAAGCUGCUAUAGCAAACAAUGAUCGUGUCACCGAACUGCAGAGGAAACUGCAAGAGAAAAUGACCGAACGAAAGAGACAGGCCGAAGCCUUAAAGCUGAACCCCCAACGGAACGCCAUCAAAUCUUCUAAGAGCUCUUAUGAAGAGAAGCACUGGAAGGAACUGGAAGACAGCAGGGAGCGCCAGGCACAUCUGUAUCAGUAUGGGGUGACGUCAAGGGAAACCUCUCACAGGAUGGCCGCUUAUCAGGCUGCAAGGAACGGGACCUCACAAGCCUGUAUGAUGCCGUCAUAAGCUUUUCACCUCAUGGACUUAUCCAUCGUCUCCAGCAGACUUAGGAGACUACACAUACAGCAAUAAAUAUAGUUGCAUAAAAUAAACAAAUAAAUAAAAGAUACAGCUCAAUUGUGAAGUGAUGAUAUAUUUGAUGUGUCAGGACAGGGUCCUGUAUUAUUGCCAGUGCAAGUACUCGUAUGAACUAUAAUAAACUCCUUCAGAAUUGCAAGUCUUAGCAGAUUUCUAUAACUAUUUUCUCUCAGGCAUUGCUUAAAGGGGUACUCCGCUCCUAGGCAUCUUAUCCCCUAUCCAAAGGAUCUCCUUGCUGCACCCGGCGUUCGUUUAGAGCGUCAGGUGCAGCACCGGAGGCUCGUGACGUCACGGUCAUGCCCUGCUCGUGAUGUCACGGCCACGCCCCUUCAAUGCAAGUCUAUGGGAGGGGCUGUGGCCGUGACGAUACGAGCGGGGCGUGACUGUGACGUCAUAAGCCUCAGCAUUGCCAGUCAUGUGACACAGAGUGAAGUUCGCUCCGUGCACCGAAUGUCUGGGGUGCCACAGCCGAGAUUACAGGGGGUUCCCAGGGGCGGGACUCCCGCGAUCAGACAUCUUACUCCCUAUCCUUUGGAUAGGGGAUAAGAUGUCUAGGGCCGGAGUACCCCUUUAAGGUACAUGUGGGUCUAUCCAACCUCUUUUUAGGAGUAUCUUUUUAUUGUUGACCAAAUAAAAUAGUUGAUAUGAUAUUUUUGACAAAAUGGAUUUUGUUCUUGUAAAACAACUAAUAAUAAACUUUGAUGGCUUCAGAGCUGAAAUCUCUUAGUAUUCCUUUCUGGAUCAAUGACAACAUAGGGUCAACACUGUAUAGGUAAAGAUGUAGGAAAAACAAAUGUCUCACCACAUGAUAGGAGGGCAGCUAAACAGAUAGGGAUGUGG